GCCGGGGUGUCACACACGCGGCGGGUCGGGAGGCGGCGGCGGCAGCAGCGGCAGGCGCCGCCGGGACGGGCACGGGCGCACGGCUCGGGCGGGCGCUGGCUGCCUUCCUCCGUCGCUCGUUCGCUCUCCCUCCUGCUUGCUCUCCGGCUGGGGGCCGGGCUGCCCCCAGCGCUCUUGGGAAGGAAGAAGGGGGGGCUGAGGACGCCGACAAGUUCCCGUAGCAGCCGCAGAUUCCGGCCCAGGCGAAGGCUGCGGUUCCGACGGGACAGGAGCGCGCUCCGCCGCGGAGCGCACGGCCAGAGUGUACCAGACGGGGGGCGCCUGGGCCUUUCGCUCUCCUUGGGGCCGCGGGCCGGGAUCCCAUGAGACGCGCCCGUGAGGGGCGACAGAUCCGAAGCCGGGGAGGCGCGCGGCAGAGGCGGAGGGCGGUGCUGCAGCUGCUGGAGGCCAGGAUCCGCCGGCAGGAGGCGGCGGAGAGAACUUGAACUUGGCGUCGGGAGCGGGCGCCCCGGACGCCCCCCGCCGGGGCCGGGGCGCCGAGGGACCUGGGCCGCAGCGCUGCUCUCCGAAUGGCCGCGGCGGCGGACCGGGCUCCCGCGCCGCGGCCCUAGGCGGCCUCUCGCCAUGGCCAAGUGGCUGAACAAGUACUUCAGCUUGGGCAACAGCAAGACCAAGAGCCCCCCGCAGCCGCCGAGGCCGGACUACCGCGAGCAGCGGCGCCGGGGCGAGCGGCCCUCGCAGCCCCCCCAGGCCGUGCCGCCAGCCCCCGCGGGCGCCUCGGCGUCCUGCGGUCCGGCCGCCGCCUCCUGCUUCUCGACCUCGUCGGGAUCGCUGCCCGACGACAGCGGCAGCACGAGCGACCUCAUCCGCGCCUACCGCGCACAGAAGGAGCGCGACUUUGAGGACCCCUACAACGGGCCUGGCUCUUCGCUGCGCAAACUGCGCGCCAUGUGCCGCCUGGACUACUGCGGCGGCGGCGGGGAGCCGGGCGGGGGCCAGCGCGCCUUCUCAGCCUCGUCCGCGUCGGGCGCCGCAGGCUGCUGCUGUGCCUCCUCCGGCGCAGGCGCCGCCGCGUCCUCGUCUUCGUCCUCCGGCUCCCCGCACCUCUACCGCAGCAGCAGCGAGCGGCGGCCCGCCACCCCGGCCGAGGUGCGCUACAUCUCCCCGAAGCACCGCCUCAUCAAGGUGGAGAGCGCCGCGGGCGGUGCCGGAGACCUCCCGGGGGGUGCCUGCUCUGGCGGCCGCACCUGGAGUCCGACGGCCUGCGGUGGCAAGAAACUGCUCAACAAGUGUGCCGCCUCGGCCGCGGAGGAGAGCGGGGCCGGUAAAAAGGACAAGGUGACCAUUGCUGAUGACUAUUCUGAUCCCUUCGAUGCCAAGAAUGAUCUCAAGAACAAAGCAGGAAAGGGAGAGAGUGCUGGCUACAUGGAGCCCUACGAGGCCCAGAGGAUCAUGACAGAAUUUCAGAGGCAAGAAAGUGUCCGGUCCCAGCACAAAGGCAUCCAGUUAUAUGACACCCCUUAUGAACCUGAGGGCCAAAGUGUCGACUCGGACUCAGAGAGCACGGUCAGCCCCCGACUACGGGAGAGCAAGCUGCCCCAGGACGACGACAGGCCCGCCGACGAGUACGACCAGCCAUGGGAGUGGAACCGGGUCACCAUCCCAGCUCUGGCAGCUCAGUUUAACGGCAAUGAGAAACGGCAAUCAUCCCCCUCACCUUCCCGGGACCGGCGGCGCCAGCUUCGAGCUCCUGGAGGGGGCUUCAAGCCCAUCAAGCAUGGGAGCCCUGAGUUUUGUGGGAUCUUGGGAGAAAGAGUGGAUCCUGCUGUCCCCCUGGAAAAGCAAAUCUGGUAUCACGGAGCCAUCAGCAGAGGAGAUGCCGAGAACCUUCUGCGGCUCUGCAAAGAGUGUAGCUACCUUGUCCGGAACAGCCAGACCAGCAAGCACGACUAUUCCCUCUCCCUGAAGAGCAACCAGGGCUUUAUGCACAUGAAACUGGCCAAAACCAAAGAGAAGUACGUUCUGGGUCAGAACAGUCCCCCAUUCGACAGUGUCCCAGAAGUCAUCCACUACUAUACCACCAGAAAGCUGCCCAUCAAAGGGGCUGAGCACUUGUCCCUCCUCUACCCUGUGGCUGUGCGGACCCUCUGAGCGGACAAGCCCCACCCUGCUCUGUGACGGGGCCCAGACUUGGAGGAGCUGGAGGCCCCCGCCCACCAGCCCCGCCGCUGUUGCAGGCGGGGUCCAAUUUGUGUCGUGUGUAUGGUACUAGCACACCACUGCAUGUCUCUAGAAUGCUGUUGCCACUUAUGGGGGCUGGAGAAAGCCUGGACAAAGACAGGACAGCCAACACGCCACCCCAGCCCCCACCCCCGCCCCCUCCUUGAGUUUCUGUGAAUUAAAAUAUUUGCAAAUCCAAAGAGAUGCCUUCCAAGAUGAACAAAGGAGAGCAGCUCCGGAGGGGCGAGGGGCGGGGCGGGAGCUCCCCGGGUUGCAGCUCUUUGUUCUCCAGCUGUCACGAAUUCACACCUGUGGGGGUGGGGGGGGGGCACUAUGGUUUUCCCACCAGGGCCUCUGCUGGUGCUGGGAGACAAAUGCGGGUGCUCUGAGAGCCCAGAAAGCCCCAGGAGUCUGGCUUCCCCUGUGGUGUGUGUGUAUGUGUGAGUGUGAACACAUACACGAGAGAGCAUGGUCACACACAGAUGUGAGUAAGCCCACUAAAUCCACUGUUAGUCACUCAGUGUAAUCACUAGGAGAUCUUCAAGGAAUCAUUGUGCAGUCACAAAGAGGAUUCAAUUAUUUAUGAAUAGGGUGUGUAAAUAAAAUAGUCAUUUAAUACA